GGUUGUGCAUAAGGUUAGGUUCACCGGCAUCAAUCACGUGGAAAAUGAGUCAUGCAUGGCGGCGCUAGUCAUUGUCAUACAGAUAUCGGGGCCGAUCCGGAUUCAACUUCAAACUCUUGUAUGGACAACGACGUACUUUAAUAAUUUCGUCAGAAUAUCGGGGAGAUCGUGCCCAAGCGUGUAUUCAUCAUGGUUCUCGAAACGACUCCUCGAAAUUGGUAUCGAGAUGAGUAUCUUAUCUCAACUGAGCCGCUUCUAAUUCAGAUUGACGCCGUCAAUGCGGCGAUGAGCUCGGACUUGAUGUGGUGGGCCAAGGGACUGCCGCGGGACGAGGCAAAAAGGGCACUUCACAACUCCUUGUGCCUUGGGGUAUACGUGCUCCCUAAAUCGACCUCGGAGAUUGCUGGCCAAGGUACUCCCGUCCAAAUUGGACUCGUGAGAAUGGUGACCGAUGAUGUCACUUUCGCAUACCUCACGGACGUGUAUCUCCUCCCUGAAUAUCAGGGAAAAGGUCUCGGCAGCUGGAUGAUGGAAUGUCUUAAUGAAGUUAUCAAGGGUUGGAACCACUUGCGACGGUUUAUGUUGUUGACUAGCGAUAAGAUGUACCUCUAUCGCAAGUACCUCGGUGUCAGGGACUGGAAUGAGUGUAAUACGACAGGCAUCAAUAUCGGUUUGAUCGAAGGGCCCGCAUCAUCGCAUCCAAAACAUAGCUGAAGCUGCGUCAU